AUGGUCCGUCUGAAGUACCGAUACUUCUUGACUUCGCUCCACUACUUAGAUUCUAACCUUGAUCUGCAAUUGACGGGUCAGAUCCUGCAGAACGCUAUUUACAAUUCAAUCGAGGAGAAUUACGGGCAGUUUGGUCUGGGACACGUGCAGGGGCGGAUAAAGAUAGUGUAUCUGGGUCUGUUGUCAGGAACUGCUCUGAUAAGGGUACCUGCAGACUUUGAGAAACAGUCACGAGUCUCACUGAGCAGCUUAGUUGUGGUGAACAGUAAAAGAUGUGUACUGAACGUUAUACACGUCGGAGGGACUAUCAGAUCUUGUCAGAAGCAGCUGGUGAAACAUAAUGUUAACGUUCUACACAGACAGAUGCUAGAUACCCAUGAUGUUAGAGAAAGAGAGCAGAUUAAAGGCGUUUUAGAAGAAACUCUGAAAGAUAUCCGCAACUUGGCUGUUAGCUGA